CUUUCUCUGAAAGCUCCUCGCCUCCCCACUUUUUUUGCAUUUUGGUCAGUGAUGGAUAUGGUUAGUAUUACUGUUUUUCUGAGUUUAUUAAGUUUUUAUGCCACAGUACAAUGUGUUUUUUAAAAAAUAUAAUACACAGCUGAGAACAUGUAUAUUACUUGUAUUUACGUUGCAUUAUCCUCAAACGUUUUAUUUUAAUUUUCCUAAAAUUUUUGUCCUAUUUAUCUUUUUUUGUUACAUUUGUCUCUAAAUCAUGUUAGUCACCUAUUGGAUACUUCUUAAAGGGAUUUGUUAACGACAAAUCUGUAGACUGAAUUUGGUCACAAAGCUGAUUUCUAAAUUUUCUAGUAUUUUGCACAUAAAAGUAUUAGUGCUACCUUUUUUUUGACGCACAAUAAUAGAACACCCCCAAUUAGUUUAUUUCCAAUGAAAUACAAAAAUAACUUUUCAAAUGAUUAAGAUGUUUAUAUAGUUAUAGCAGAGCCCUCAAAAAACUUCUAACAAAGUAGUUUGCUAUCCUUUUUGCUUAUCACAUGACAAUGUUCCCAAGUGAUUUUUUCAAAAUAAUCAAUUCUAUUUGCCUAAAACAGCAAUAUCAUCAUGAAAAUAUUCAUUAUAUUUUAUAUAGUUUGCCAAUUGUAUAUUGCAAAGCCAGUCCUAGCAAUAUUUGCUAUUGUCUUGAGAAUCUUUCCUAUUUCGAUCAAAACUUUUUUUGCUUUUCCAAUAUUGAUCCUUAAUUUUGCUUUUCACGGAUGACGCAUACUGAUAACGAAAAGAUUGGCAAAAUUUUUAAUGUGGAGAUAUAAGGUGGAGAAGAGAGAAUAGAGAGGUGGCAGAGGAAGAUAAUUUUAUCUGAAAGCAGCUUAUAGCUCUGAAUUAAAGAUUCAGAGAGAACGAAAUUUCCUGUCCAAUUUCCAGAAAGCUAAAGUAACUACUCCUAGUUUCAAAAGAGACUGUUGAUUUAAUAUUCUGCUGGACUGCAAAGGUUUGGGUCAAGGAAGACUAAUCACUCAUCUCUUUCAGCAACUGUUCCACCACCUUCAAGCAUCUAGAUGGUUGACUGACUCCUUCCCUGGCUCGAGGCGGUAACAACCAAGCCAAACCCAAGGUCGAAUGUACUGCACUGUUCUCUUUAGUAGUUGCUAGAGAUGUGAGCUAUUAUUUGUGUAGAAAAGUUAGAAUUCGAAGGCUCCAGGUUCUGACUCUGCCACUCACUUCAUCUAUACCAUCUCUUACUCUUAAGUUUCCUCACUUGCAAAAAGACGGGCUGGCUGGGACUAAUUGCUCUUUGACAGGAUUAAAUCAACAUUCCAGCAACUUCCCAGAGGUGUUUCGAGCCAUAGAAAAGGCACUGUUUAUCAAAGCAGAGGACCCACGUUCAAAUCCCAAUUCCGCCACCGAGUUGACAACCUCUGUGUGCUUCAAAUUUGUUGGUGUCUGUAAUCCGACAGCAAGAUAAAUUCUAUCGCCCUCGACUAUUAGCAUCUCCCACCUAAAAAAUCCUACGGGUUUUACGGACCGAAAAGCCCACCCCUGCCUCUUCUGCGCCUGCGCACCUCUGCGCCUCCAGCCUCAUCCCCCGCCCUCACGCCACGCUUGCGCAUUGGUUCCUCCAUGUGUGCUCUCUAGGUGGUUUGUGCGGGUCAAGCUGAGCUUCUGGAAAUCUGCAACUUUGGUGUCCGAACCUUUUCGGCUGUUCUAUACGCACACUUCCGAGUCUCCCAGCUGGCGCCGCAGUCAUGGGCAAGAGCAAGAACAAGCGUUUCAAACGGCCCCCGUUCUCGCCCACCGGUGAAUGUGAAGCAGCGGAGAACGAGGAGGCCGGAAUGGACGACUCACCGGCAGUGGAGCUCCUUGAGAAGCUCCAGCAUCCGACCGCCGAGGUCCGCGAGUGCGCUUGUGCGGGGUUGGCACGGCUAGCGCAGCAGCAGCCCGCCAUCUCGGCCCUCACUCGGAGAGAUGCAGUUCGGCAGCUGGGGCCGCUGCUGCUGGACCCCAGCCUGGCGGUGCGGGAGACUGCGGCUGGCGCGCUGCGAAAUCUCAGUGCUUGUGGAGGUUUUGAAGUUUGUGAUGACAUGGUUACCAAGGACAUCAUGACACCACUUGUUGCGCUGUUAAAAGAGUGUAGUGCUGGAUUAGAUUCUACUGAAGUCUCUUUGAAGAAGAACAAAGAACUGAAUAAAAAUUAUAUUGAAGAUAUAGCUAAUGAGGCUGUAAAUGUACUAUGGAAUAUAUGUGAAUGCAGUAGUAGAGCAGUAUCUAUAUUCAACAAAGAAGGGUGCUUGGAGAUUGUAUUAAAGUAUUUAAGUAGGUUUUCCACCAAUGUUGACCUGGCUAUUUCAGUAGCAUUUUGUUUACAAGCAGUGACAGAGGAUAACCCAGAACUCUUAAAAUCUUUUAAUGCUCCAGCUCUGCAGGUUCUGGAAUCAGCAAUGUUCUCACCCAUCACUUCUAUGGAACACACUCUUCUGAAAACAUUAGUGGCAGGAACAGUAUGGAAUCUAAAGGAUAUUCUUCCCUCCAAGAGUCAAGCAGAUACCAUAAAUGCACUCCUGAAGAUUUUCUCUGAUGUUUUAGAAGUAGAUGUUGGGGAAGUUGUUAUUCAGAUGAAGGAAGCUGAAACUCAAAGGUUAAAUGCUGCUGCAGAGACUGAGACGGAGCAAACAGAAGAAAUGAAUGGUGAUAAUUUGAAUGAAGAUGAUGAAAUGGAAGUCAUUCCCCACAAAAGAAAAGUCAGAAGAAAAACUUUCAUUUCAGAUCUACUUCCACCAACUGAAAAAGAAUUGAAAGAGACAGUAGCCUUACUCACAGCUCAGCAGAUUGCCCUAGAGAUUAUUGUCAACAUGUGCUGCAGUGAUGAUCCUUCUGAUGAUGAAUGGGAUGAGUUUUCUAGUAGUGAUGAAAGUGAUGCAUUUAUGGAUAAUUCCUUUAAUGAACUCAAUGGACAGCUAAUGUCCCCACUCUGCCUUUCUGCUGAGGUUCAUGCUGCUCUUACAAACUACCUCAUUCCCAAGAAGAUUUUUGAGAAAAUUACCUUUCCAAACAGCAUGGCAAUUGACAUCUGUUCCAGAAAUCCUACUUGGAAGCCAUUAAUUAGAAAGAUGAAUACUAUACAAUGUAGGGCACUUGUGUGCCUCCACAGUAUCUUGUCUGUUUUAGAUGUAGAUUCUCUUGGAGGAGCCUCAGCACUUCAGACACUGGCGCAGCACCUGUCACAACUUGUUUUUUCUCAGCCAGAUUUUGCCAAACACACUGAAUUCCUAGAAGCCAUAAGUAGUGCGUUAAGGACUCUCUUGCAGAUAAUGGCAUCCAAGAACAUUUCCCAGUGUAUGACUCCUGAGCAGCUGAUGUCAUUAUGCGAAGCUGGCAUUCAUAGUAGUAAUAUUGGUGUUAGAGUAAAUGUCGUUAGCAUUCUAGGAAUUACAGGCUGUGUCCUAGCCAAAGAAAAUGGAACAUGUGAAACACUGAAGACUAUUGGAAAAUUUCUUCUUGAAGUGGCCACCAAAGAUUCUUCUCUUGUAGUAACUGGAGAAACUCUGGAUGCCAUAUUUGAUGUUUUUGCAGAUGGUAAAGAAGCUGAAAAAGCAGCAGUUGAGAUCAAAUUAUUAUCUGCCCUAAAAGAAUUCCAACCAGUUUUCAAAAUGAAGCUACGAAAAGAAGGAAGAGGAAAAUACAGUACAGAUCAACUCUGUGUACUUGACAAUGUAAAAAUGAACUUGAGAAGAUUUAUUGCUUAUCAGGAGACUGUAGAAAAAAGACUAACUAAUUGAAUUACCAAAGAACUGAUUCUUUUCAUUUGUUAUAACUGCCACAAAAUCUUACGUUUGCAAAAUUGAGGCCUUUAUUUUGUCUCUGAUGUCACAUAUUUUAGUAUAUGCGCAAUUUUUAAAAAUUAACUGUAUAUUUAAAGUUCUUAAAUAUUUUUUGAAGUGGCAGAAAUAUGUCUUGAAUGCCUUUGGAAAGUUCUGCACAGUUUGAUGUAUGUUUUAAAUUAUUUUGUUGUGGACAGUCAUUAUUUCACAGAGAAAGUAGUAUUUUAAAGAAUUGGAUAGUUCUGAACUAAGCUGUGAAUAAUGGAAAAACCACUAAAUGAUCAUGUUUAAAAGAAUUUUAUAAAAUGGAUCCCCUCAACAACUGUAUUUAUGAUAGAAAGUAAAUAUUUCCUAAAUUUAAAAAAUAAAAACCCAUAGAAGAGGAAAUUAUCACCUGAGCCAUUCCAUUUGUGUUUACCUCUUCUAAUUUUGUGAGGUGAUUCAAUUUGGAAUUUAUGAUUAAUAAGAAUGUGUAGUAAUUUUGAAAAUUUGAUGAAGAGAAUCUAAUCAAAAUUAAGUAAUUAAUUCACCCCUUCCAUUCACUGUGCUUAGAAAAUAAAGAGUUGGGGGAAGGAGUUUUGUUUCUGGGUUAUUGGGUUUUUUAUUUCGUUUUGUUUUUUGAGAAGCUUUAUAUUGAAACUCUCCAGUUAUCUAACAACUUGAUAUUUUAGAUUUUGGAUAAUUCAGACUUUGGACAUCUACUCACUAAUGUAUAUAGAAUUUUUAACAUACAUAAGACAUUUAGUAAGGCUUUCUAGCCUUUUUUCUGGAGUAGCAAUUUUCUCCUAAGGUCCAGUUUGAGACUAGAGGAUAGGAAAAUAGAGAAUUUACAGUUUCUGGGGAGUGAGAAGUAUAGAGAGAGGACUGGCUACUAACAGAUUAUCAUUUCCCUCAGGUGGGAAAAGAAAUGCAUGGUAGCAAUAUCCUUGUUGGAGAUGUGUCUAUCUUAAAUCUUAACUGUUCAAGCACAGUUAAUCUAUUGGGAAGUGAUAAUGGACAGCGUAUUUUAUUAGCUAGUUUUAUAGCUUUGUAAAAUAAGCUGCUGCUGAUUUCUAUCUUUCAUUUAUACCAUGUCUUUUACAGUAUUUACAUUCAUAACUCAAAUUUCUUGUAGAUAAGAUGAAGAAAUUAAAUUGGAUAUUGAAAAUAGAGAAUAUUCAAUAAACAAAUUGUAUGACAUAAAAUAUGUUUGAAAAAUAACUUUUUCUUUUGAUUUGAUUCAUUUUGUAAUUGUGUUAUAUUGUAGUCUUCAGAAUUUCUUCAUACCUGUGACCAGUGAAAAUGUGUGAAAAACCAGUAAAAAACAGUGACCUGCUAGAAUGUUACAGCAUUAGAACCAGAAAUUGACUUGCUACAAAGGGAAGAGGUUGAGUAGGUUAAAUUGAUUAAAAAAUUUUCAAGGAGUGAGCAGUGACUAUUUUGACUUGGUUUUGUGCCUUUUAACUUAGACCAUCAUAAUUAAAUGGAAAAGGAACAUAUUUAAACCUAUCUUAUAUCAGAAAAUGUUUAUGCAAUGUCUUUGCAUAAGAGCAAAAUUUUAUUGGCAUAGUAUUGGUAGAAGAGGGCAUAUGACAAUGCAGAUGGACAUUGUUCAUUUGCAAAUUCAGAGGAAAAUUGGUGAUUUUAUGUCUGUAUGACAUACAAACCAAAGAUCUCACAAGGAAUAAAGAUUUAUAGAUAGAUAUAGAUAAAUAGGAUUUCAGGAGGUUUCCAGCUUUGAUUUUAAGAAAAUAAGUUCCCCAUAUCUGAAUUUUCUAAAAUGAUGUAUUUUUUUUUUUAAUGAAGUCCAAAACAGAACAAAAAUCACUGUGCUGUGGCUUUUAACCUUGAUGGUUUUUUUACUCAACAUAAAGCGGGAGAAAUUUUUUUAAUAGAAUGAAGAUUUUGAAAUAGUUGACUUAAUUUCCUCGACUUUUCAGUGUUAUUUCAUACAUUAUAAAGAUGAGAAAGGUUUGUUCCUGUAGAAUAUUCCUGUUCAUUUCUCUUGUCAGAGAUAUUUUAUUCCCAUUUUAAAGUGUAUCAAGCCAAUACCUGAUUAUAUUAAAUCUGUUUGUUCAGGUUUUUCAAGAAUAUCUGACUCUUCAUGACUCUAUUUUGGGUUUUCUUGGCAAUAAUACUGGAGUGGUUUGCCAAUUUUUUUCUCCAGCUUAUUACAGAUGAAGAAACUGUGCCAAAAAGGGUUGGUGACUUACCCAGGCACACACAGCUAAGAUUUCAGGCCAGAUUUGAAUUUAGGAAGAUGAAUCUUCCUGUCUCCAGGCCUUGUGCUUUCUCUAAUGCACCACCUAGCUGUGUCACAUUAAAUCUGCAUAUGGCUUAUGCCCUGUUCAGAGAAUCUUUUAAUUCCUCCUUUAUUUUAUUUCCAUUUAAAUAAAACUUGCCAUUGCCUUUAACUGCAAAUUACUUUGACCAACCUCCUAAUUAAAAAAAGAAAAAAAAACAAUUAUCGGGUUUCUUAAGGAAAAUGGAGAAGUAAAAAUUUUAAUUUGUGGUAAAAGCAUUCAGAAUUAAACCAAUACCAGUUUCUUUUUUUAUAUGCUGCUUAUGUUCUUUAUGUACUAUAUCAGAAAAGGAAUUAUUGAUUCAAUCUCUCUGCUUAUUGCUGUCAGUUGUUAACAAUAAGAGAACAGACCUCUUCUUUGAAGUUGGGAAUUAUUUAAGUAGAUUUUCAAAUAAUUCAAAUACGUAUAAGGAUAAAGCUUUGCUUAUUAUAAUGGAGAAAUUCUUCUUGGUUUUUUCUCUUAGAUGGCAAUGUUAACUGUUGAUUUUUUUUUUUCCUUCACUGAUCUGAACAAUUGAGUUACUCAAUCCAUUGGACCUAAUCCCAAACCAUUUGAAAUGGGGCUCUCUGUAAUGUAGACAUAUGUAAGAAUAAAUACAAGAGGACCAAGUUCAAAGAUAUUUAUAUAACCUAAUGCUUUAAGGUUUAUUUUGGAAUUUGUCAUAAGUCAAUCUCUUCCCUUAAAUUCAAUUAAAUAUAAUGGAUAUAUUAUCAAUUCAGAGCAUAUUUCUAUUUUGAAGGGAAGGAGAGGCUACCUAUUGAAGAAAACUUCUUUAUAUAGGAAUUGUUUUCUCCAAAAAAAAAAAGUCUUGUCCUAAUUAUACCUUUUUCUACCUCUUAUUUUUACAUUUAGAAUGUAGGGUAGGCACCUGUGAAUUGUCCCCCAAGGAAAUGCCCUUUUUCAACACAAAUUGGCACCAAGCCUUGGCUUCCUAGAAACCUGAGACUUUAAAUUUGUCUAGGAUCAAAAACAGAAAAUGAAUCCAGGCCUUCCUAGUUUUUAGACCAGCUGUCUACUAUACUACACUACCUUUCAGACUGAAUAUAACAACAUAUUUGGGCCAAAGCUCAUUUCUUGCUAGCUUUGAGCCAAAAAUUCAUUUGUAACCAAGGAAUCAUUUUGACUAAUAAUAUGUUUUGUGAAAUUCUGAUCCCCUAGGAAGUAGGUGUUUUCUUCAAAGUAUUUUCUUUAACUUAGUGUUUGGCAGUUGGUUUGAGUCAUUUUACCCUUAGGAAAGACUUGAAAGAAUUAUGAUGCAGUUAUUUUAGCUCAUCAUUAAAAUUAAAGCUUCAAUGACUUAAAUCAGUGUUACAAUCAUAAAUUUAAAGUAAGAAGAAUCCUUAGAAGUCAUCUACUUGUAGAUCAAAAUUUCACAUUUUGUAAGUUAAAGGUCCAGAGAGUUUAAGUAACUUUACUAAUUAUUGCAGACUCGGUUGUUAGUUAUAAAAUCACUUGUCCUGAAUUGCAUUAAAAACUUAAAGCUCUUCUUAAUAUACAUUUUGCAAAUGGUUUGUAUCCACAUUAAAAGGAAGGCACUGCAUAAUGAUUCUAGUAAACAUUAAAAAUAAUUUUUUUGGAUUACACUUAAGACCCUAGUUUGAACAAAUUCAACUACAAGAGCAAGAAGAAAUUCUAUUCAUAUAAUUUCUAAUAAUACAUAAAGUGAGACCAUGUAAGUAUUUCUAUUAUUUCCCUAGUAGAUAAUGUUGAAUACUAACUCAUUUUGGAAAAUAGACUUUUAGUAAUAUGAAGGAAGUAGGUAUUCUGCUUAAAUAAGACCAAAAGAGUUCAAUGUUUGGUUAUGAAUCCCUUCAACCUUAAUUUCCUAGGUUAAUUAUUUUUAAAAAUUAAUCACAUAUAAUGUUUAAUUUUUAUCUUUUGCUUUUAUGUCAUCUUUAUUUCCAAAUAUAGCCUUUCUCUCCCCUUCUGAAUCCAGAGAGUCAUUACUUAUAAGGUGCCCCCCCCCCCAAAAAAAGGAAAAGAGUGUGGGGAGGGAUAAGAAAUCCAGCAAAAAUCAACACAUCUGUUAAAUCUAAUGUAUGACUUGUAUUCCAUACCUACUGUUCCUCCACUUAUGCAAAGGAGAAAGAAAAGUUGUCAACUUGGAUCAUUAAAAUUACACAGCAUUUAAUAAAUUUUCCCAUGUUUCUUAUCUCUGUAUUGUUCCCUACAGUAUAUUUUAAGAUGCCAUUAGAUUCAUAUUGAUUGGCUAUUCCCCAAUCUAGAGAUAUUUCUAGUUCUUUGCCACUGUUUAAAAGUACUACUCUGAUUAUUUUGAUAUGUAUGAGACCUUUCUAUCUUUUCCUUGAGGUUAUAUAUGCAGCAGUGGUAUCUGUAGAUCAAAAGAUUUGAGUAUUUUAGUUUCUAUUUUGUCAUAAUUCCAAAUUGCUUUCCAAAAUGGAACCAAUUGAUAUGUAUGCCCACAAUAUAUUGAUGGGUCUGUCUUUCCUAUCUUUUAAUUGACUUUGUUUAUUGAUAUCAAGAGUUUUAUAAUCUACAUAUAAACAGGAUUUCCAUAAGUAAAACCUUAAGUUUCUACUUUUUUAUGAGUACUAUAAGAAAGAAAUUCUCAAAAAAAAAAAAAAAAUUGAGCUGCUUAUUGUUAAGGGACAGGUCUAUUCUCUGAGAACCUCCACAGCUGUGGAUCAUAGCAUAUGAAGGAGUUGCAAGGCAGCCUUUGCUGACGGGAUUGCGGACUGGGAACAAGAGAAAUUGGAGGCAGAGGGAAGAGGAGAGAGGUCAGAGAAUGCAACAGCCUCUCAGUCUCCUUGUAUCAUCCUCUCACAAGAGGAGAUCCAUUCUGGGUGGGAUCGUCAGCCAUCAGCUGUCAGGCAGCUCCCGUGUAUUCCAACAUAUGGCGCCUGAACGUGGGGUAAGAAUUACAAGAAGAACCAGAGCUGUUGGUGAGAAGGAUCCUCCUGAGUUCCUUUAGUAACUUGCGGGGAAAGAAAGGAAGAAGAGCUCCAGUAAGACUUUUAGUCGGGGUAAUUAAAUGGGCCAACACAUCAAAGGGCCAAGCCAGGAGACUGAUGAAAGACUUAAAUACCUCUUCUGACUACAAUCCUCUUCUCCGUUUGAAAGUUUAUCUUCAUGAUAAGAUCAACACCUGCUACAACCAUCCAGAAAUGAUAGUGCUGCUUGCAUUCCUCAGUGUGCGGACCAUGCCAUGGGGGAAAAUAACAGCAAAACACAAAAACUGGGAACAGUUAAGGGACAGGUCAGUUCUCCGAGAGCCUCCACAGCUGUGGAGCAUAACAUCUGAAGGAGUUGCAGGGCAGCCUUUGCUGACAUAGGUAUUGCAGACUGGGAAUGAGAUAAAUUGGAGGCAGAGAGAAGAGGAGAGAGGUCAGAGAAUGCAAUGGCCUCUCAGUCAAAGAGGUCAGAGAACAGCAGCUGCCUCUCAGUCUCUUUUAUAAGGAUAUAUCAUCCUCUUAUAAGAGGAGAUCCAUUCUGCAGGUCUGGGUUGGAUCUCCAGCAGCCACUAUCAGGUGGCUCCUGUGUAUUCCAACAGCUCCUGUGAAUUCCAACAGCUUAUGGGACAUAAAAGUGACACAGAAAGGAAGGGUUUUAUUUAAAGUUCAUUUUGAAGAGCAUUUUAAAAAACAUUUACAAAAGGUUCAAUUACACAAGAAUCAUAGAGUUGGAAGAAUAAAUUAGAGGUUAUCUAGUCUGAAUUACUGAUCUUUUUAAAUACAUUUUUAUUUAGACCUCAAAACAAAAAAGCAUUUCUUUACACAAAGUAAAAAAAAAAAAGGACUAUAUAAAACCACAAAUAUUGCCUGCUUUUUUUUUACAUGCAUAUAAUAAAUCCAACUUGUUAUUUUCAAAGC